AUGUUUCGGCUUGUCAAAGCUGGCGACGCCGAGGCUGCCCAUGCCAUUGAAGUGGCUUCGUACCCCGCCGACGAGGCUGCGCGUCUGGCGCAGAUCCAGGCGCGGCUGACGGAUGCAAGUGCCUUCUUCUUGGGCGCCUACGCCAUUGCUGGAGCGCUCGUUGGCUUUGUCAAUGGCACGCUGGCCUCCGAGCGCGAGCUCACGGCCGCGAGUCUCUCCCAGCACGACCCAAGCGGCCGGUUUCUAUGCAUCCACUCGGUGGUCGUCGAGGCAGCGCAUCGUCGCGACGGCCUUGGCACAGCCCUCCUGCGCGCCUACCUCGCGCACGUCCAGCAGCACCACCCAUCCGUGGACGCGAUCGUGCUGCUAGCCAAGCCUGCGCUCGUGCAGUGGUACGUCCGCUGCGGCUUUCGCGUGACGCGGCUCUCGCCGGUCGUCCACGGACAGGACGCGUGGCUCGAGCUCGUCUUCGACUGCGUGGCGGCGCAUGCUGUCGUUCAAGUCGAUGCGUUUGCACGCAAAGCGUUCGAAGGCAAUCCCGCGGCCGUCGUCGUGCUACCUCCGAUGCAGUUUGACGCGCCUGGUGCUGCCACGUGGAUGCAGCAGGUCGCGCUCGAGCGCAACUUGAGCGAGACCGCCUUUGUGUCACCGCGCGACGCUAGCCCCAAUGACUAUAACCUUCGCUGGUUCAAACCGGCCAAGGAAGUCGACAUUUGCGGCCACGCGACGCUCGCAGCCGCCUACACGCUGUACGUCGACGGCCACUGCGCCAAGGACGCCUCCAUCCGCUUCCACACCAAGAGUGGCGUGCUUACGACGCGGUAUGUGAUGCCGCCCGACGGGGUCGCCGGCAUCGAAAUGGACUUUCCCACGAUGCACCGUGUCCCGCGUGACGAGGCGUGGCGGGCCGCGACGUCAUCGACACUCGUGGCCGCGCUAAGCAUUGGCAUCCACGACGUCAUUGCCAUCGAGCAGUACGGCACCGACAUCAUCUGCCAUGUCACGCCGACCGCCUUUGCCGAAAUGACCCCACACUUUCGCUCGCUCCUCGUCCUCGACUGCCGUGCGACGAUCGUGACGUGUGCGGCGCAUGUCGACUCGGGCUAUGACUUCUACAGCCGCUUCUUCGGGCCUCGAAGCGGAGUCGACGAGGACCCAGUCACGGGCAGCGCCCACUGCGCACUCGCGCCAUACUGGGCGACGCUGCUGCCACAAACGAGCUUCCGCGGCCGACAGCAGAGUGCGCGGGGCGGGGAUGUGAGCGCGCGCUUGGCCGGCGACCGCGUCUUCCUCUUUGGCACCGCCGUCCUGACACUGCGCGGCAGGCUCCUCGCCUGAGGCAAACCAACUCCGGUCCGGCACCGUCUGCCCCGACUCGUGACAAGCGGGAGUUUCUUCACCCUUGCGAGGGACUAGGGUAUUUGCCUCUCCUGAAUAGACUCGAUCUCUAGCGGU